AACAUGGAAGCGAUGAGAAGUUUUUAUGAAGGUCCAGACAUGAGGCCCACAUGCUGACAUAUGGCCAGCAGAGUGCCGAGUGUCGGAGCGGGCAUGGUAUACCUCUGUCCCAGCGGAGGCCGCGCACCCUGCGGCAGCAGGGGAGCCGCUGAAUGGGAAAGCAAUUUCCCUCCUCAUUCCUCCUCUUUCCUCCUCAUUCCUCCUCAUUCCCUCAGGCAACCACCGUCGGACCGCGCGGACACUUUGGUUUAACUGUCUGAUAAACUCUCAAAGUGAGCACUUAGUGUGUGAGAUGCUGAGGAAGUUUGUUUAAAUGAACACAGUCUCUCCUCUUCUUGGUGCAUUUCAUCAACAUUUUUUUAUGUCAAAACAUGUGAAAGACAUUUUUUUUUUCGCGAUGUUACAACAAAGAUCUUGUGCGUAAAAGUCACAUUACGCAGCGCGCAAAAAGGCUCAGCAGACAAGUCAGGCCACAUCUAGUGAUUCAGUACGAGGAGAGGCUCUCAGAACAACUUCUAUGACAUGGAUAAGUUUGAUAAAAACCGUAUAAAAAGAAGCAAUUUUAAAACUGACCGGUUUGUCCCAGGAAGAGCAACUUUCUGAUCCACGAGAGGAGGAGAGAAAGAGAAGAAGAAUAGAAAAGAAGAGAAGAGAAGAGAUGAAGAAGAUGAAGAAGAGAGGCUCGCUGUGCCCCCCAGCAGUGUCGUGACAGUGUCAGUGAAUGGUGUCUCACCGCGGUCUCUGAGACAGUGAAACACACCGCCCCUUUCUACCGGGCACGUCAUCCUCCUAACGAGGCGGUAUGAAGAGGAAAGCCGCUUUUGUUUCCUCGCAUGUAUAAAUAGCCUCUAUCAGUGUCCUCCUCACCGCAGAGACACACAGAGAGACAAGAGACACGGGCGGCAGAGAGAGGCAGAGUGGACACCGAUGUGAUAAGAGGGACAGGAGCGCGGGACAGGGAGGGAGACAGACAACAUCAGGUGACCAGAGACACUCCAGAAAGAGAGAGAGAGAGAGAGUAAAGAGAGAGAGAGAGAGAGAGAGAGAGAGAGAGAGAGAGAGAGAGAGUAAAGAGAGAGAGAGAGAGAGAGAGAGAGAGAGAGGUAGUGUUCCAGCAGAGACCUCCUCCCAGCCACCUCUGAAGCGAACCCAUAAAAUGAAUUCCGCCUCCAGCCCGAGCAGCAGAGCCUCUUCUCCGGACAUGGAUGUGAUGUCUCUGAGAGACCACCACCCACACCACCACCACCACCACCAGCACCACGUCGGCUCCUCAGUGUCCUCGUCCACGCAGAGCAGCGAGCUGCGCCAGAAGCUGACCGCAGCGGAUCUGCUGAGGUCUGGAGACCCCAAGUCCGUAGGAAGCAGCAGCAGUAGCAGCAGCAGCAGCAGCAGCUCCAACAAGUUCAAACUCAAGAAGCAGGUCACCGAGGAGGAGAUGUACCACCUCCGGCUCAAGAUCAACGGCCGCGAGAGGAAGCGCAUGCACGACCUCAACCUGGCCAUGGACGGCCUGCGCGAGGUGAUGCCCUACGCGCAUGGGCCCUCGGUGAGGAAGCUGUCCAAGAUCGCCACGCUGCUGCUCGCCAGGAACUACAUCCUGAUGCUCAACAGCUCCUUGGACGAGAUGAAGCGGCUGGUGGGGGACAUUUACGGAGGACACAACUCGGCCUUCCACUGCGGCUCCGUGGCGCACGGGCCCGGUCCCGGUGCAGGUGGACACUCCGGUGGCCCCGGUGCAGCAGCAGCAGCCGCCGCAGCAGCAGCAGCCGCGCACCAGGUGCACCCUCUCCUCGGGAGCGCGCUGUCCACCCCGACGUCCUCCACGCUGACGAGCGCGCUGCCGGGCCUCGCGUCUAUCCGGGCCCCCCAUCCCCUGAUGAAGGGGGCCCCGGCCGGGCCCCCGGGCCUGCAGCUGGGUCCGGGUUUCCAGCACUGGGCCGGUCUGCCGUGUCCCUGCACCAUCUGCCAGGUGCCUCCUCCUCCACACAUCACCUCCAUCACCUCCGCAGGCCUCACGAGACUCUCAGUGGAGAAGGAUCUGAUGAAAUGAUGCCACGCAGAGACUGACAUGUGCUGAUGUGUGUAAAUAGAGAGAGUUCAGGGCAUGAGGGUGGAUUUGGCCUCAACUUGUUCACUUGUGCAUGUUGUUGUUUAGUCUGUUUUCUUGUUUGGCGUAUGAGAAAAAAAAAAAGUUAUUUUCCUCCUUGUAACAAGGACUUAUAUAAAGACUUGAUUUUGCCAGUUGAAGGUGUAAAAAAGAUAAAGUUGUGCGUCAUGCAACAAGAUGCCACUUGUGUGUGACUUUUAGUCUCACAGCACAAAGUGAAAGUGAAGGAGGCUGCAUGAAUUGUUGAUUUACUUUGACUUUUUUUGUAUCAGGCGUCAUUUUGUGAAAACGAAGAAUGCUCUCUGUGCCUUGUACCAAGGAUUUUAAACUUGAGUUGUAAAAUGAAAAAUACUGACAUUUAUGUGUUUGGCUAAAAUGGUUCUGAAAUUUGUUUUAAAAUUCUUUGGAUUUAUUUUUUAUUUUUGUGGCUCAUUGUGCGUCCAUUUGUGCUCUGAUUUUUCCAUGUUUAUUUCUUAUUUGUAUAUCUUCUUCUUUUUGCAUGAUGGUAAUAAUUAUCACAGCAUGAUUGUUUUUUUUUUGCUGAAUUGAAUUUGUUAUGCCCAGAGACCCCGUGUCUUUAUUUUUGUACAUUGUUGAUGAUUGAUGAAAUAUUUAUUAUCGCCCAGCGUCCCCUGGAUGAAAUUUCAAUAAAACUGAAAUUAUGGAUCA